GUGGCUAGAAAUGAGCCGCGCUGUGUUGCAGGUCUUCGAGGACUACCAGAAGGGCGACCACCAGUGGGACGACGCGACCACAGCGGCGUCGUCCGCUUGCGCCGAGGACUCCGCGAGCGAGCGGGGCUCAUCGGUCUGCGCGGACGGCGCCCCGGCGGUCCACCAGGCCGUGGAGGCCGAGCAGCUCCCGCGCGAGAGCCAGGCGCGGGCCGCGCGGUCCAGGCGGGAGCUGCGCAUCGCGAGCCAGCGGCCCGCGGACAUCUCCUCGUGCACCACGGUCGUCAUGCAGGGCGUGCCCCGCUGCUACACGCGCGACAUGCUCCUCGGCCUCUUCGACGACCUGGGUUUCUUGGAACGGAUUGACUUCGUGUUCGUGCCGACGGACUUUUCGACGGGCGAGAACCUGGCACACGCUUACGUCAACCUUGCCAGCCCGCUGGACGCCGCGGCAUUCCUGGACGCCUUCGACGGCUUCUCGCGCUGGCGCGCGGCGUGGUGCACGCAGGCCUGCGAGGUGGUGUGGAGCUGCUUCGAGCAAGGCUUCAAGCAGAACGUGGAGCGCUACCGCAACAGCCCCGUGAUGCACCCCUCGGUCCCGGACAGCUGCCGCCCCGUCAUCCUCCUCCGAGGCGCCCGCCAGCCCUUCCCGCCGCCCACCAAGAAGCUGCGCCCCCCGAGGCGGGCCCGCGCGGUCUUCGGCGAGCGGGGGCCCUGA